UAGGUUAUUUUGACACCAGAAAAAAUGGAGCAGAAUUCUGAGGUUGAAAAUUUGUUUCGUUAUGCCACUAAGGGUCAGAUUAGAGAGGUCUUAGAGGUUUAUGAGAAGAACCAAUUGACAUUAGAAGCAAAGAUCACAAGAGCAGAAGAUACAGUGUUACACAUUGCUGUUUAUGUAGGCCAAACCAAUUUUGUGACAACCCUUUUGGAUAAUAUCACAGAAGAAGUGUGUCUUGCAAUCUUAAAGUUGCAGAACUCAAAGGGAAACACUCCUCUGCAUCUUGCAGCUGAGCUUGGAAAUAUGGAAAUUUGCUACAAUAUAGCUAGAAGGGACCCUACACUCAUUUCUUGGCGCAACUUCCAAGGCGAGACGCCGCUCUUCUUGGCAGCGAUUCAUGGUAAGAAGGAUGCAUUCUUUUGUCUCUAUGGCCACCAACAAAACAAAGAUGACUACUCACUUUGCAGAAAGAACAAUGGAAAUACCAUUCUUCAUUGCACCAUCUCAAGUGAAUAUUUUGGAUUAGCACUUAAAAUAAUUGACUUGUACCCAAACCUUGCGGAUUCUGUAAACCAGGAUGGGUGGUCACCUCUGCAUAUUCUUGCCAUGAAGCCUAAUUGUUUCAAAAGCAGCACCAGGAUGGAGUUUUUAGAUCGUUUUGUCUAUAAUUGUUUGAUUGUUGAUGAUGUCAGCGAGGAAGCAAAUGAAAUACAUAACAAUCGGAGAGAUCAGCAGAAAACUAAGUAUCCAAUGAACUACAAGACAUGCAUGAGCUUUGUGUCUUUGUUUAUGCGUGCAGCUAAAGCUCUGACCUUUGGAAAACAUAGUCAUAAAGCUGAAACUGAUGAUGAAGAGAAUUUCUCAAGAAAAUCCUACAUCAGAUAUGAGAAAGAGAUGACAAAGAAAGAAACGAAAUAUAACCGGUUUCCACCAAAUUGGGAAACCAUUAUCCGGAUUCUAACAGUUACAAUAAAGGCAUUGCUACUUAUCUGUGGUGUAGGAUCAUCUUGGAUAGACAAAAUCCAAAGGAGGAAGGCGAGGCACAUGUGGGCAAAACAAGUGAUGAAUGAACUGAUUCAGCGCGCUUCAUUAUACAAGUACACAUAUAAUGGAGGAACUCCUCAGGGAAAAGGGAAAACAGAUAGUGGUAUGCAGAAUGGAAUUUAUGCAGAAAGGAGAACAGACUCACCUAUAUUGAUUGCAGCAAAAAUGGGAAUAACUGAGAUGGUUGAGAAGAUCUUGGAUAUAUUUCCAGUGGCUAUACAGGAUGUGGAUUCCGAUAACAAGAAUGUUGUUCUUUUGGCUAUAGAGAAUCGGCAGCCCCAUGUGUAUAAUAUGUUGAAUAAGUCUGACAUAACCAAGGAGAGCGCAUUUCGCCAAGUAGACAGCCAGGGUAACAGUGCAUUGCACCUUGCUGCUACAUAUAGAAGCCAUAAGCCUUGGCGUGUCCCUGGUGCUGCAAUGCAAAUGCAGUGGGAAUAUAAAUGGUAUAAGCUUGUUAAGAACUCCAUGCCUCCAAAUUUCUAUGAACGCUACAAUAGGAAGGGGCAAACAGCAAAGCAAGUCUUUGUUAGUACACAUGGGCAACUUGUGAAAGAAGGUGGUAAAUGGCUCACCAAAACUGCAGAAUCAUGCUCAGUGGUUGCAGCACUUGUUGCAACUGUGGCAUUCACAACCUCAACAGCUAUACCAGGUGGUCCUGAUCAAAACACUGGUAUACCACUUCUAAGGGGUAGACCUGCAUUCCACGUCUUUGCUGUAGCAUCACUCAUUGCACUCUGUUCCUCUGUCACAUCCCUUGUUUUGUUUCUCUCAGUACUCACAUCUCGGUUCCAAGAGAAGGAUUUUGUUGUUGAUUUGCCAAGAAAGCUUCUUGUGGGGCUGACAACACUCUUCGCAUCGAUAGCAUCGGUGUUGAUCUCAUUCUGUGCAGGGCAUUACUUCAUCAUUGAAGAUGAACUGAAAUAUGCAGUUUUCCCCAUAUAUGCUGCAACUUGUUUGCCUGUGUCAUUUUUCGCACUAGUCCAACUCCCACUUUACAUUGAUCUGGCUUUGGCUAUGCUUCGGAAGGUUCCUCAGCGCAGCUAUAAGGUGUUGCCUAACUACUUACCUGACCAUCAUCAUUAGCUAAAGAUAUUUAUUUACUUUG